AUGGAAGUAGCAACCUCGCCAGUGACAGCUGAUAAGACUUCUUGGUCUUAUUUGCCUGCAGAAAUCCGGAUUCUGAUCCUAGAAUGCGUACUGCAGGAUGGCUGUAGCCUGGCUGGCUUCGCUAUAGUGUCUCUAGAGUGGCAGAUGAUCAUUGAGCCGCAUAACUUUGCUCGAAUCAAGCUCACAUCAUCCCGCCUCGCUGAUUUCGGUCCAAUGAUUCACCGUAAUCGGGCUCUUGUACACUACAUAUGGCUUUGCUUGGAACUCCAAAAGUACGAUUGCACCGCUUGUGCGACUCACUCAUAUUUGAAACUGGCGAAUACCCCCAAUCCAGAUGCCGCCCUGGUUGCCACAGCUCUCCAAGAUGUACUUUCAACCCUCAGCACUUGGAAACCAAAUGGCGAAUUGUUGCUUGAUAUUAGUGUUCACUCUCCUAGUGACUCAGAACACUGGUUCAAAUAUCUGACUUUUGAGCCAGAUCUUCCCUCUGAUGAGUGUAGUCUGAGUCUAUGCACCGAGCAGUCAACGUUGGCCAACUUUGAUGACCACCAGCAUGGUUGGAUUUCUGGGAGUCAGAAUUCCCCUCCACCUGAAAGAGCUUUUUAUAAAUUAUUUGAUACUAUCAUUGAUAUUAGAGACAAAAUCCGGUGGAGCUGUCCACUGGAGGAGGUGGAUAGACUACCAUUGGUUCCAGCAGUAACAGGAUUGCUUCUACGUCAACAGACCCGUCGACGAUGGCGGCCAAAUGAAUUGCAACUGAUUCUUGAAUGUUUUCCCAGACUCCAGGAUCUUUACUACGAGCCUUGGAGACAAUGGGAAGAUUUCAGCCAGAAGCUGAUAGAUCGAUAUAUCCAGUCACUUCUUAAAUAUCUGGGAAAUUGCAAACUAAGAAGAUUAACCAUCUUUGAGAACUUUGCUGAGCGGUACCCUGCAUCUUUUAAGAAUCCUUUCCUUCCUUGCAGCCCUACCCGCAUCCCCGAAGACAGUAUCAGCCGCGCGGUUGCCGACAAGAGUCGCAAGUUUGAGUACCUCUCAGCAUCAUUUAUUGUGGAUGCCAGCUAUUUCUUCAAUGCCUGCAAGCCCCACUGGAAGUGGCCUAGCAUGACUUCACUUACGCUGACUUCUCGACUCCUCACACCUGAUGAAAACCCGGUAGCAAUUGAUGAUAUGCUCCAGCAAGCGGCAGCGGUGGCCAUGAAAAUGCCAAAUCUAAAAUCAAUGGAGAUAUGGAAUGGACGAAAGGGAUUGGCAAUGCUCUUCAGAUAUCACCUGACCAGCGAAGGCGUUGUUUUAGCCUUGAGAGGAACUUGGCCAUUCGCCCUGCGACCUCCUAUUGUUCAGGCUUGGGAAAAUGUGGCGCCGAAGCAUUGUAGUCACAACCCUAUUGUCGUUGAGGAAAUGCUGGACGCUGAUGUUAUCAAGUCUCAUGGUGAUGCAAUCCACCAUUUGAAGUUUUUAGACCCUGUGAUUCGCCCCAUUUCGUUGCGCCAGAUUCGGAUGGAGCACAGAGUUCGGGAGGGAUUACAUGGCUAA